CCCUGGACAAGUCACUUAUCCUCAGAUGCCUAGUCCUUCCUGCUCUUCUGCUUUAGAAUUAGAUCAAAUUAACAAGUUUUAUGGAGUGCUUUACAGCAUUCCUAGCCUUCCGGUGGAAACAAAAGGACUGGCUUGAAGUCCUGUGAGUGAGAGGAGGGCCCUUAAAAGAGUUCCAUAAGAAAUGGGAAGCAUUCCUGGAGCUCUUGGGAAGGUAAAGAAUCCAUCUGAUCUGAUCCCAUCCCAUUCCACCCCUAAGGCUUGGGGAAGGGCUGAGGGGGCCCUUAGGUAUCUGAGGCUGGGAAGGAGGGGAGAGUACUUCUCGAACCCUGAGGCUUGGAAACUUUGAGGCCAGAGGCCCUGGGACUAAAUGGCAGAGGUUGGAAUUGAAGUGGUCAGAAAGCUGUGGGAUGGAGCAGCUCACAUUGAUCUGAAGUGACUCGAAUUUGGCAGAAGGGAACCCUGGAUCCCUGAGGGCCAUGGAGGCCAGGGGUUUAGAUGGCUGGGAUGGAUAACCUUGUUUGUGCAGAACUCAAAGGAAAGGAUGCUAGAGUAAACGGAAGAAUGGCUACUCUAGGUAAGUGCUAAGAAAUGAAAUGGGAGAGGCCUGAGUCCUAAAGCUGGAGACCUAGCACCCUAAGGGGUCAGGAUGGAUGGAUCUAGAGCAGAAAGGGAUCUUAGAAGGCAGAUAGAAACCUCCCCCCACCUUUUACAGAUAAGGAAACUGAGGCCCAGAGAGAUUACUGGACUUGCUUGGGUUCACCCAGCUUGGAAAAAAAUGAGGCAGAAUUUGAAUUCAGCUCUUCCUCACCACCUAUCCAGUUACUUCUCUACUAUCCCAAGCUGCCGAAGGCUUUGGAAUUAAAUAUUUCAAUUUGGGGGAGAUGGAGGGAGAACAGAAAGCCAGAAGACAAGAGCCAGGGCCUGAAAACUUCAGUCUUUGAUGGAGACCAACUCUGUGGGGUUUCCAGACUCAGCACACCCUUCUUCUAAUGCUGGUCUGGUCCCUAGGCCUGAGGCCGGGUGAGGCAACCCUUUGGGUUGGAGGUGGAGCAUGAGGAGCUGGAGAGGAGUCAGGGAAUGAGUCAGGAGGCUGGAAUGUACCCACAAGUUCAGAUCCCAAGAGAAAGCCAAGCCGGGCCCCCUUGAGGAAGCUUGGGAAGUGGGGAAGGGUCUUGAGGAAGGAGGUACCUCCUGGACCCCUGAGGAGCCUGGGAAGAGGCUCCUACUCCAUCUCCCCCAGCAGGUGACAGUUUCUCCCCUUUCAGGAUCAGGCUCCCUUGCUUGGAACUGAAAUCAAGGCCCCUAUCUGAAGAGUCCCAGGAAGCCCGGGGUCCCUUAGCUCUGUUUACAAGGGAGAGAGGAACCCCAGCAGGCUGGGCCCCCCCUCCACACCCUGACGUCACCUGUUCCAGGAAGGGCCCCCCCACAAACACCCUGCGGUGGCUGAGUCACCGUGGAGCGUGAGAGCCAGCCACUCUGGGCAGGUGAAGCUUAGCGACCACAGGCUCACGGGACCCAGGGGAGGCUGGGGGACGUCCCGGCUCCCUCCCCGAGCCGCUUCCCACAACUUCAGAAACCUCCAUGCCAGCGCAGGCUGAAUUCUGGAGGAGCACUUGGCUGGGGAAGUGAGGGCUGCGGUUCAGUGUGUUCAGGUUCGGGACGCCUGGAGCACAGCCUGGAAGCAGACAGUUCUCUCUCCCCAAAGAGCCGUCCCGGAGACUAGGGAAAGUCCCUCUGCCGAGCCUGGGCUGGACUUCUGGCUCUGCCAUCUCCCUGGGGGUCAGACAAGCCCCUGCCCUGGGCCUCAGUUUACUCUUCUGGGGACCAGGGCGCCGGCUCAGCUUGGUCUCCAGGCUCUGAGAAUCCACAAACCGACUUUGCAUCUGUGCCAAGCCGUCUCUCCCCGGAUCUGGGGCCCCGGAGGCUUGGCCUCUGGGUCCGCAGGCCAGUGUUUCCCUGGUUCUGACCUUCGGUCUGCCCCGUAGAUAAAAGGAGGGGCUUGGACUCGGGCAAGACCAGGUCAAGCCUCUUCCGGGUCUCAGUUUCCCCGCUUGAAAAAUGAGUUUACCCAGGAAGCUGCAGGAUUCCUCUUCCAGCUCUCGAGCCGAGGCCCGAAGACUGGGGGGACCUCAAGGGGCAGCCUUUCGCCUCCCCCGCCCGGGGGCAGCCGUCCGGGAAUCGCCCCUCCCCCGAGGCCUCCCCGGCCCCGCCUUUUCCCGGACCACCCCCCCUUCUCUUCUCUCUCUCUAGCUCCCGGAGCUCCCCUGGGGGUGGGUCCUGGGCGGCUCCGCGAGGCCCCGCCCCCAGACCGGUCCCUUCAAGAAGCGCGCGCCUGUCGCCCUUUCCACAGUUCUCGAUACGCGCACAGUCAGAAGGGGUGCGGAUGGACGGAAAUACGACGGCAGGCGGGAAGCCCAAGUCCGCCGGCAUGGACCUGUGCGCCCUCUAUGAGAAGGUGCUGAGUCUGACCUCGGAGCUGCCGUCGGCGACCCGAGGGGAGCUAGAGUCCGAGCUGGGCUGGGCCUCUCGAAGCCUUUGGAGUCCGAGCCUCGCCGACCUGGAAUCCGCGGCGUCUCCCCCGCGGGCCUCGGCCCCCCCGACCCCUCGGCCCCCGGGCCGUUCCACCAGCUUGGUGGAGGGCCGCGCCUGGGUGCCGCCGCCGCCGGCAGCCUCUGUCCUUUCUGCUGCCCCCAGGCCGGUGCUCUGA